AUGUCAGCAAUAUCCAAGAUACGUGCCGGAGGAGGUCGUAUUUCCUUGUCUUGCCAUGGCUCAGCAGCAGUAUUUUCAGAGCUCUCGUCGACAUACCCACUCAAAUUGCUGUCUCCUCGCAUCGCUCAAGAAGGGGUCGCUGUGGUGUAUAUCUUGACAUACGGAGGUGGACUCGUCAGCGGAGACCAAGUCAAUCUAUCUGUGGAUAUCGGAGAAAGAGCCAAGCUUGUGUUACUCUCCCAAGGUUCCACAAAAGUCUUCAAAACCAGACCAGGUCAUCGACUGGCAUCCGUACAAGCAAACCCUCAUCACCUCCCACCAACCACUCAAAACAUGACUUUUGUCGUCAACCCAAAUGCAUCCCUCUUCUUACUACCAGACCCCGUCACCUGUUUUCGCUCUGCCUCGUACAACCAAAUACAAACUUUCCACCUCACGGGCGACGCAUCCGCUGCCAUUCUUGACUGGGUCACCUCUGGGCGUCGGUCUCUCGGAGAAGAAUGGGUUUUUUCGAGGUAUUACAGCGUCAACGAGAUCCUGGUGGAUGGGAAGAGGAUAGCCAAGGAUGCCAUGCUGCUAGACGACUCUCAAGUUGACGCGAAGCCUCUACCUGAGCGGGCUUUGGCUGAAAGACUCAAGCCGUACUCGUGUUACGCCACGUUGUUCCUUGUAGGUCCACAGGUGCAAGCCGUUAUUGCUGGGUUGGUUCGGAGAUACCAAACCAUUUCAGUUAUGAAGAUGAGGAGUCCAGACAAAGUAAUAUGGUCCCUAAGUCCCAUCAUGGGGAAUGACCACACAUCAGUCAUUGUUCGAGUCGCUGGGAAGGAAACAGAAGACGUUAAAUCGUGGCUUGGAGAAGCGCUUGAACCUGUAUGCCAUUGUAUAGGAAAGGAUGUAUAUCAACAGGUCUUCCGCUGA